UAAACUCAGAAACUAAAUGUUAUAUAGUCAAGAAACAAGGAAAGACAUUAUUUCAAUUUAGAGCAACAAGUUGUUGGUGGUGUUCUUUGUUUUCUCCGGUACUGAAUUGAGAUUUUCGGGAUGGCUUCUGUCUUUCUGUUCGUUUUCUUUGUUCUCUCACACUUCGUGCUGCUUCUUUCGGCUCAAGAAGAAGAAGAAGGGGGAUUCGCCCAAAGAUGUCCAGAGUUUCACUGUCGAUAUCCGAACGUGACUGGCUUUCCAUUCACCAAUAUGUCAAACCCAGAAUGCGGUGUUAACAUAGUAGAUUGUCAGGUUCCGAAUCCAAUGAUCAAACUGAACGGUGGAAGACCAUAUGAAUUUCUAGGCUUCUUUCUGAAUAACUCCACCAUACGUAUGUUUGACAACGAGCUUUGGGAUCACAUGGUCUUCCGUAGAUGCGAAUCCUUAACCAAUUUGAGUUUUCCCAAUUCUUCGUUCAUCUCUUUUGAAAUCAUCACACCCAAUCAGACCUUUUUUAAAUGCAAAAGCGAUCCCUAUAUUCCUCCCCCUCCAAAGUUUAAAAAUACGAGCUGCAGGGGUGAGUAUAAUAUCUACUAUAGUGAUUCAAGCGUUGGUGUUCCCAGUUCUCUUUCUAGAUGUUCAAUUAUUCAGCUCCCAAAGAAUCCGAGUCCAGUUGAUGAUACCCUGGUUGGACUUAUAACAGCUAAGUUCGACCUCCAAGUGAAUGUCUCUGAAGAAUGUAAGCCCAACGACGAGGGGAAACUUUAUUGUGGCGUUGCAAAGAAAGAGAGUCGCACAAAGCAACUGGCGAUAGGAUUAGGUGUCGGAUGUUCAGCCAUCUUCAUAAUAAUUUGCUCUUUCUUUAUUAUGCGGCAUCAUUAUAAGAAAAAAUAUGCUUCUUCAAACAUGCUGGCAAAGAAUGCUAAUUCUGAUCCAUCCUCAAGAUCAGACCUGGAAGGGGGGAGUAUCUACUAUGGAGUCCCUGUUUACUCCUACUGCGAUCUUGAAAAAGCGACCAAUAAUUUUGAUACUGAAAAAGAACUUGGAGAUGGAGGAUUUGGAAUUGUCUACUAUGGCAAACUUCGUGAUGGGCGGGAAGUUGCAGUCAAGCGCCUAUACGAGCACAACUACAGACAAGUAACACAGUUCAUGAAUGAAGUUGAAAUCCUCACCCGCUUGCGCCAUAAAAAUCUAGUCUCCCUUUAUGGUUGCACCUCACACCGCAGCCGUCAACUUCUUCUUGUAUAUGAAUAUAUUCCCAAUGGCACUGUUGCCGACCAUAUUCAUGGAGAACGAGCGACGCCAGGUUCACUCACAUGGCCUACUCGUAUGAGCAUUGCCAUAGAAACUGCUACUGCAUUGGCUUACCUCCAUGCUUCUGAAAUCAUACAUCGCGAUGUGAAGACUAACAACAUUCUCCUCGACAACAAUUUUUGCGUCAAAGUUGCAGAUUUUGGGCUUUCUCGGCUGUUCCCCAAUGAUAUCAGCCAUGUCUCAACAGCUCCUCAAGGAACUCCAGGCUAUCUUGACCCAGAAUAUCAUCAAUGUUAUCAGGUUACUACUAAAAGUGACGUUUACAGCUUUGGGGUUGUUCUAAUCGAGCUUAUAUCAUCUCUGCCAGCUGUUGAUCUAGCUAGGCAUAGGCAUGAAAUUAACUUGGCUAACUUGGCCAUAAACAAGAUUGAAAAAUCCGCAUUCCAUGAGUUGAUCGACCCACAUCUUGGAUUUGAGUCGGAUAAAGAAGUUGAAAGGAUGACCAUUUUGGUGGCACAGUUGGCUUUUCAUUGCAUACAACUAGACAAGGAAACGAGACCUAGCAUGGAUGAGGUCUUGGAGGCUUUGAAGCAGAUUCAAAGUGGUAAUGAUGCGCCGGAGGAUCAAGAGAAGGGAUUUGAUGAUGAUGUGAUCGUGAAUGUAAAGCCAUCAAUUUCGCCUUAACCUGAUGAGGUUGGAUUGUUGAAGACUAAACAGCUGCCACCUUCACCAAUUUCUGUGAACACUAAUUGGACUAGUAGGUCUACUACACCUAAUAUCAGUAGCUAAAUUUCUUCUCCAUGCUGCUAUGCUUUCGAGUAGGGAUAAGAAUAUGUUUAACACUCCUUCAGACGCAAAUGAGUGUGCUUUGAAAUUUCAUUUUCUUCUCAUCUACUCGUUCUGUGUUGUUCAUGGAAGGCAUAUAUCGUUGAUAGGUUAAAGUUUUGGGGGAAUGUACAUAAUAUGAAUGGAGUUAUUAGUAUCAUUCAUAUAUAUAUAUAUAUAUAUAUAUAUAUAUAUAUAUAGCA